UAAAGUUGCCAAAAAAUUUCAAGUACAAAUAAACCAAUUUUAUAAUUUUUUCAUUAUAGUAAUGACACAAAAUGCCUGAAAUCCCAGAUUGCCUCGCUCGCAGAUACAAAGCUCUAGACGAGUUAAUAAGGGAACUUACUUCUGACAAGGUUGAAAAUUCCAAUAUGGAUUGCUCAUCAAAGGAUCCGGGUGUAAAAUUGAUGUGCGAUUUUUGGAAUAUUCUCAAGGAGAAUCCUGAUUGCGAUUUGACUCACGAAGUCGAACAACGCAUGGGUCUUAGCAGUAGCAGUAAAAGCACUGGGUUCUUUCAUCCAAAGCGCGUGACAUGUUACAUGGCCGGUUGUUGCAACCGUGGCGGUGAUGCAAAUAAGGAUCCCAAUAAACAGAAAAGGUUCAGUGCCGACACGAGAUCUUGCCAAAGAUCCAAUUCUCCGAGCACCACAAGUGACAGCUUGCCCCUCAGUAAGGUGUUGUGCAAUUUAAAAGAAGCUGCUUCAUUUGAAAAGAAGUGUCAAGGUAAAGUUAAUGACUUAUUGGCAACUCAGAAGGAAUUACAAGAUCAAAUAACACAUUUGGAGCAACGUGAAAAAGAAGGCAUACAGAUGUUGAAACAGGCUGAUUGUAUGUGGUCUUGCAUGGAACAAUCCUAUAAGAAAAAAGUAGCUGAAUCUCUUGAGCGGCAAAAGACGCUUCUAAAGCAGUUGAAAGAAGUUGAAGAGAGUACUGAAAAAUGGCGCAAGAAUAAAAAAGAUCUGGAAUUUCAAAUGGAUAAUAUUACAAAAUGUCAUCAGGAGAUUAAAGAAAAAAUAACAGAAAAAAAUGGCGAUUUAAAAUGUAUUGAUUUAGAAAUCAGUGAUUUUAAGAAACGAAUAGAAAAUAACAAGUCAGAUAUUGAAGUAACGAAAAAGUCAUUCAGUAGCAAGAGAAAUGCGUCCGAUGCCAAAAUAGCAUAUAUUGCUAAUGAGGUAUCCAGAAUUGAAAAGCAACUUAACGACGAACGGAAAAGAAAAAGUGACAAGGAAAAAGAAGGUAAUACUUAUAUAAAAGAAGCACGUGAGGAUUUACAAAAAUUAUGCAAAGUUUUAUUACAAAAGAAACUCGAGAACGAAGAUAUGAAAGCAGAGAAAGAAGCUCUUCUAUUGGAAAUUGAAAUGCUUAAACAAACGUGUGAUCAAUGCAGAGAUAAAUGCAAAAAUAAACAGCAAGCUAUUGAGGAUGAAAUUAAGUCAAUUGACAAUGAAAUAGCUAAUUUUAAAGUGAGAUGUAUUCGAUGUCACGAAUGCACGGACACAGUUGAUUUUCGCAAGCUGUGUACAGAUUGUCCAAGGUGUGCUGAAGAACGACAUUGCCUGCUUGAAGGUGACCAUUGUAGUCCAGAUCAAACCAUGGAUUGUGUGUGUACGGUGGUCAAACAGAAGUUUUUAGAUAAUGUAUUUGAUAAUAUGUACACUGUGCUUGAAAGGCAAACUAAAACCGGUCCUGGAAAAGCUGUAGCAGAUGCGGUUUUGAAUUGCCUCAAGAAUAGCCGUAAUGGGAAAUUAAACGCGGAAACAAGAAAAAUUUUACAAGAUUUCAUUUUGUGCACGGUUAAGAAAAAUUUAAAUUUGACAAUCGUAGGUGGUGCUGUUAAAACCAGGUGUGAGCUGGAUCCUGAUACGUACAAACAAUUGAUGUUGUGUUUAAAACAAAUAAAAGCUACUAAAGCUCCUAAGGUGGAUAAAGGGACACUUUCUAGAAAAGAACCGUGCCAUCGCUGGGGUUCAACAAGUGAAUGUAACUGUCCUCGUGGUCCGAAAAAUUGUAUUUGCACGAGCAAAGCUCCGCCACCACCUAAUGAUCCAACACCGUGUCCACAAGAUCCUGAUGAUAUGAAGCCUGACUCGGGUGAAGUGGUCAUGUGUCCACAUAAAGAUUCGACACCGUGUGGUCCAGAUUGCGCCAUGCACGCUCCAGACCGCGUGGCGACUGAAGUUGCUGCUUGGAAACCUAGUCCAUGUCAAGCGCCAUCAUGCCAAUUCAAGAAUAUGAGAGCUGCGCAAUGCGUGUUGGGGCCUGAGGCUCUAUCUACGGUUUCUGAAUCACGAGCCUAUAGAUCAGUAAUUCCAUUAAUACCAAGCAUGCAAGAUUGCGACAAACAAGCAAAUUGUCAAUGCGGUAGCUUAUCAAAAAGACCCUGCGAUUGCCAUAAAGAUACAAAACAACUGAACGCAGAUUGCAUGACAAAGUUUGAUAAAGAUACAUCUACAAAUCGAUAUGAUAAAUACGGAGAAAAAAAAUGUUGCCGUAACAACAUGAGACAUGAAAUAAAAACUGAAACUAAAUAUAAAGAAGAAAAAAGUAAAAGUAAUGUAGCAACUGAAACAAGAAGAUAUGAGAGCAGAUUAGUCACAAAAGAUGACCAAAGAAUGUCCAGUAAUUUAGAAAUUAUAUUUGAAAAAGAGGAAAGUUCUCAAUCAUUCAAUAAUUAUUUACGAACACUUAGUAGACAAUAUGGCACUGAUUCAAGAGAAUCAAUUUCAAAAGACUCUAGUGGUAAUAGCGUAAAAGUGACAUGUAGUGAAUGUGAUGAACAAAUACACGAUGAUGUACCGAAAAUAUCUAGAUCAACAUCGGGUAAUAUUAUUAUGGGAUUGGAUGGAAACUUAAUUAAGUUUAUAGAAGAGAAAACAAAAGAAAACCCUAACUUUUUUGCUACUUUGAAACAAGAUAGAUCAGGCUUGUAUUAUUUAGAUUUUAGUUGUACAGAGGCAGAUACUUGUUCAAAGAAGUUGAAAGUGAAAAGAACUCUAUCUGGCAGUUUACUAAUGGAAGUUAUAAAAAAGGAUCGUAACAAAUCGUCUUUGAAAAAGUCAAAUGAUGAAAAAACAAUACCUUCAUCAAAGUUAAUGCAACAAGAACAAGAUCCAAAACAAUUACGUAGAACUAUGCCAAAUCUAUUUUUGGAUAAAUGUAUCAAUAAUUUAAUGGACAAUAAAAAAGAUACAUUGGCACAUACAGAUGGGGAUCAAUGUGACGCACAAUUAUGUAAAGCGGUAUUGAAAGGUCUUUUGGUAGAUAUUAAGGAGCCUGUUAUUUUAAGAAGAACUCAAUCUGGAAAUUAUGAUAUAGUCAUGAAUAAAGAAUUUGAAAAUCAGUAUAAAAAUACUAUUAAACAAUAUAAUGGUGAAGAAAAAGAUUCAUGUGUUCGAUUUUGUAAGGCAAAUCCUCAACAAUACAUUAUAAGCUUUGAUAGGAGUGAAAAAGGUGACCACAAAGAUGCAUAUUUAAUUAAAUCUGAAUCUGGGAAUCUUAAACUUAUAACUUGCUGUGAACUAGAUCCUAAAUAUCGUAAAAAGGGAUCUAUUGUGUCGGCAAACAUCUUAGAAAAUAUAUUUAAUUGUAGAUUAAAAAACCGUACGGAAUUAAACAAGCAAAAACUACAAAGUAUAUUAAUAAAAGAAAAGAGUUGUAGUGACUCAAAUAUUUACAAUAGAUUUAAAAUUGACUCUUUAAAACAGCUGGGCAUAGAAUCGCCUCUUAAACUUCAACAAACCUCAUCUGGAUUAUUUACUAUAGUAAUGGACAAGGAAUCAAGGAAAAAUUUUGCGAAAAAUUUGAAAAGCUAUCUAUCUGAUUCUUCAAAAGGCGUCGUGCCUAUAAAAAAAGAUGAAAAUGGCGAAAUUGUAAUAGUGUUGAAUGGUGAAUUAAAUAAUGAAGUUGAAUAUGGAUCACUGACUAUUUCUCCAUCUGGAAAUAUAUACAUAAAUUUAACAGACACCUCAACUAAAAAAUCCAUAGAUGCAUCCACUGAUUUUACUUCUCAUAAUGAAUUAAAAUGGGAACAAUUUAUUGAUGAAAUACAAAAUCCAAUAGUUAAGGCAAUUGCAACUACGUGUAAUGCAAAAGAAUACAGCUCGUGUGACAUUAAUAAAUGCGUUUGCAAAAAUAUUCAGUACAAAUCUAAAACCUGGUUUAUAAACGAUAAUGAUGUGAAAGAUUCAUUUAACAAUAAAGAAAGAAAUAAUAAGGAUUUGAAAGUGUCAUUAGGAAAAUUACAUGAUAAUAACAAACCUAGACAUAUUGUUAUAAAACCUUGUAAUAAGGAACGUGAAUUUGAUGAUCGGCGAUGUCCCGUGGAUGAAGCUGUUCAUCAAUAUACUGAUAGAUUUUGCCAUGAACAUGCAAACAGAUACAAUAAUUUAUCAAACGAAUUGUUAGAAAUUUCAAGUUUAUGCAACCAUUCAAUCCGUGAAACAACACCAAACAAACAACAAAGUGAUGGUAUCAGUACAAGCUUCCGAAUAAAACCUGUAGAGAAACAAGUUAAAUCUCAACGCCAAAAAGAAAUUUACGAUUGGGAUUCUAUAGAAUUUCUGCCGCAUCAAUUGCCACCUUUUCUAAAAGAUUUUAUGUAAAUUUUGUGUAUGUAAUGUACAUUGUACAAUUUACAUACCUUAAAAAUUGUAAAAAAUUAUAAUUGUCGACAAAAAUAUUAUGUUUAGCGUAUACAUUGUAGUUUAUGAAAAAUGUUGCAAUAAAUUAAGUACGAGUGUU